CAAAACCCUGAUCACCACCAUUCCCAACCAACCUUUUGAUCCAUAUUUUCGCUUGUGUUGUUGUUGUGUAUCUCUCCCAACUCCCAUUUGCUUUGGAUCUUCCCUCUCUACUGUUUUUCAUCUUUUGGGGGUUCCUUUAAUCAAUUGCUAUCCACAAAAUGCUUCCAGACACGCGUGGCCACAGAUUCUUCAAGUUCCGUGCUGCCCCAUCACUCUCUCAAUUCAACGCUCUCUACACUUUCUGAUCACCCUCAACCUAAACAUUCCUAGGAGAAAGCCUUAAGAAUCCCACUUCUCCAAAAGUACGAAUAUCUUUUGUUCUUAUCCAAUCCUCCCACUACAACCUUUGCCAAUUGCCACCAACGUUUCAGUGACAUUCCUUUGUCCUACUUCCCGGCCCGUAUCUGCUUGCCUUUCAUUUUCUUGUUUUUCUCAUAAAGGGAUAAGAAAGAACAGAAAAUCAGAGACAUUUCCUAAUGUUUGAUAACAAGUACGACUUCUCACGUGCGGUAGUGGAAAUGGCAUGGAUCAUGCUAAGGAUUGACUACUCCAGGCUCUUCUGGCUCCUCUUUGGUGUCUUCUCCUACGAAAACCACGAGGGAAAGCCGCGGAUUUAGAGCACGUUACUCACUUUCAUCGUACUUUCAAAUUUUUGUUUUGUUUUUUUUUUUUUUUUAAAGCUACGUGAGAAUCUGAAUUAGUUCCCUCAUCAACGCCUGGGAAUUUCAAUUCCCACCAUCUUUCUUCACCAAAGUUCAGAUUUUUAGACGAAUGCAGUUCUUGGACAACGAGGUUCGUGGACCAAACAUGUUCCGGAAGCAUACUGGAGAGCGCACCAGUGAAGCCAAAUUCGAAAAUGGAAGCGUGGAAACCGAUCCCACUGGUCGAUACGGCAGAUUUGAUGAAGUUCUUGGAAAAGGAGCAAUGAAAAAAGUUUACAAGGCAAUUGACGAGAUCCUUGGGAUUGAGGUGGCAUGGAACCAAGUAAAACUGAACAACGUACUUCGCUCACCAGAUGAUUUGCAGCGGCUGUAUUCAGAGGUUCACCUCCUCAGCACCUUUAAUCAUGACUCCAUCAUUCGAUUCUACACAUCCUGGAUUAAUGUUGAUCACAAGACCUUCAACUUCAUUACCGAAAUGUUUACUUCGGGGACACUCAGAGAAUACAGGAAAAAGUAUAAGAAAGUUAAUAUCCGGGCCAUUAAGAGCUGGGCCCGCCAAAUCUUACGGGGCCUUGUUUACCUGCAUGGCCAUGACCCUCCAGUAAUUCAUAGAGACCUUAAGUGUGACAACAUAUUUGUCAAUGGCCAUCUUGGACAAGUCAAGAUUGGUGAUCUAGGACUUGCAGCAAUUCUUCAUGGUUCCCGAACAGCCCACAGUGUUAUAGGCACCCCAGAGUUCAUGGCACCAGAAAUGUAUGAAGAAGAUUAUGAUGAACUCGUUGAUGUAUACUCAUUUGGCAUGUGUGUUUUGGAGAUGUUUACAUCUGAAUACCCAUACAGCGAAUGUGACAACCCUGCACAAAUCUACAAGAAAGUGACAUCGGGGAAGUUACCAAGAGCAUUCUACCAGAUUCAAGACUUGGAAGCACAGCGAUUCAUUGGAAAAUGUUUAGUAACUGCUUCAAAGAGAUUAUCAGCAAAAGAAUUAUUGCUUGACCCUUUCCUUGCAUCUGAUGAAGAUGAACAGCUGCCUACGAUAAAGCUUGGAAGUCAGAAGCCAUUUUUAAAUCAAUGGGAAAUGGAGAAACCACAAUCGAGCCAUGAUCCACACAAGACCAACAUGACAAUUACGGGGAAGCUCAAUCCUGAUGAUUCCAUCUUUCUCAAAGUGCAGAUUGCCAAUAAGGAUGGUUCUACUAGGAACAUAUAUUUUCCUUUUGACAAUUUAACUGACACUCCAAUUGAUGUUGCAACGGAGAUGGUGAAGGAGUUGGAGAUCACCGACCGGGAACCAUUUGAAAUUGCAGAUAUGAUUGAAGGAGAGAUAUCUGAUCUAGUACCACAUUGGAAAAAGGGGGACCUGACUCAUCCUGAAACCCACCAUACAUUUAACUAUCAAGAUGAUGAUGAUGAUGGGCCUCAUCAUCCUUUUCACUCUUUGUCAUGUUCAUCAUCUGAAGCAUCGGCAUCGAGCUUGAUUAGGAUUGAUGAAAUGGCAGACUGCUGUGAUUGGCUCCAAGAUAAUUUGUUUGAUGAUGCCAGCUCUCAAAGCUCUUCACACUCAGGAACAUAUUCCAAUGUAAACUACUUCUCUGGCAAUGAGUAUGAGCCCAGUACAAGUCCCACAAGAGGAGAUCAACAUACCAUCACAAAAAGUCACAAGUGUACAAGGUUCUGUCCUGGGGAAGUCCAUGGCGCAGGGCAGUCCUUGGCUAGUAAUUGCUGCAGGCAGUGCAAGGUUUUACAGGGAUCGCAUGGAGCUUCUACUUCUAAAGUUAAGGGGCUGAUGGACAACCGUAGAUUAACAAGAAACAGUUCACUAGUAGAUGUACGCAGCCAAUUACUGCACAGGUCAUUGGUGGAGGAGGUGAACAAGCGACGGUUGUUUAAGACAGUUGGAGCUGUGGAAAAUAUUGGGUUUCAAGCACCAUGUGAGGUUUCUAAAAAGGUGUCACGGCCAUAUGCUGCUGGUGGUUCUUUGGGAAAUACAAAAACUGGCAAGAAGCAAGGACAUCAACGUGGAAGGAUUUGAAAAUGCUUCAAUGAGAAGAACAAUAAAUAUGUUUAAAGACGGAGGCACGGGCAAAAUGCUUAAUUUAGUGACUGGAUUGGUCCCCAUAUGUGGCAAAUAUGGAUUAGGAUGGGCAUUCAUGUCAGCUAGUACGAGAAUUGGGUGGCUCAAGGUCAUCUGCGUAGUAAAAUUCUAGAUAGAACUAUAUAUAUGUACAUAUGUGUGCAUGCUACUUUGUCUUGAGAAUAAUGCCUAUUUGAAGCCAAGGUUCUUAUUGCUUGAUUGGCAUUAUCUUUA